AUGGCUUCUACAGCGCCUCGUCCUGUGCCCACAGCUGGCGACGUACGGACAAUCAUCGAAUACACAACAGACCCACAAUUAGAGGCGGAGGUUGCGACGCUCAAAGCGCGUGUGGCGGAGUUAGAAGGUAUCAACAAAGAGUUGGAAGAGACCAUAUUAGAGGUGCAGGACGUAGCCGUGGGCAAGCUCACUUCUCUACUGCAGGCAC